AUGUGGCAAACACGCAUAAUUCCACUAACAUGGUUAAACUUUGAUUUGCAAAAUGAAACUACGACUCUUUUGUUAGAUACAAAUCAGCUGUCUGUUCAAAACCAUGUAUUGAGAUCGGUCAGGCAACACAAGGAACACUUGACGACCUUUGCGCCAAGUGAAUACCUUGACAAUGACGCCGAGUUUGUUUCCGGUUUGGACGCUGAUGACGAAUUUUCGCCAAUGGAUGCUUCUUCUCCUGUCUUUCGUUGUUGUCAUGGUUUUCCGCGAAAUACAUGGAGCAAACCGAUUAAAGUUACUGGUGGUGGUGGCUGUGGUAAGUCAUACACUAUUCGCUCAAUUGUGAAUGAGUAUUUAAAUAUUUGAGUAUUGAACAUUUUGAAAUACAACCUAAAAAUUAUAGACAAAUUAUCAAUGAUUCCUGAGACUAUAUUCCAACACAUUUUGAAAACAUUAAAUCUACUUUUAUUUAGACCUGCACUUGUGCUUUGUGGAGAUUGCGCUCAACAACAACCGUUUUCAAAACAUAAUGUAAGAAUCAUGCGACUUCCAAGUCCAUUUACUAAUAAGCAUUUUAUUUCCACAACCUAUCGAUAUAAUUUACUGGGUCAACAUCGCGUUGGUAACGCCCAAUAUCUUAAGUUCUUAAAUUAUGUCAAGAUGAUAUAGUUACAGAUGAAGACAUAUUCCUUACCUGUGUGAUGCGAAAACAUCUUCCCUACCAAUACCCUAACUGUGGUAUCAUCCUUCUUGGGGACUAUAACGGCAUAGAAAUAUCUCUCCUGUCAGCAAGACAUAAUUUAAAGCAAGUCGACAAAGCCCCCAAAACAGGUUCAUCAAUCCUCGACCUCAUCACUACUCCUACCACCACUUGGAUCAUCCGACCAUAAUAUCUUACUAUUGGGCCGCUCGUUACAUAAUUCUAGCCAUUGUACUAUAAUAUUCCGUAAAAUUAUUCCGUUAUGCCUAAGAUGAUUUACUGCAGAUGAUAUUACAAUUUCAAGACCAUUCUAUUUAUUUUUGGAAGAACAUGAGCACCACCAGCAUGGUGAUAAAGUCAAAUGUUGUCGUAUAAAAUUAAGACCAUCACCACAGUCUGUAAAUGACAAAAUUAAUAAGUUGACCGACCCAACUCAAAAAAUUUGUUAAUCACAUUUUCUUCAAUUACGUGGCAGCGUAAUUCAUGAGAACGAAAGUUUAAAUCUAUUUAAUUUUAAAGAAACAGAAAGAAUUGAAUGUGCCCUUUGGCCAAGUUUGUAUCCGCUUACGAAAUGGUGUGAAAGUGCGAUUUCCAAUAACAAUUGCAACCUAGCACGAAAUUGUCAUUCAACAUCAAAUUACAUUCGCAAAAUAAUUGACUAUGGUCUACACUUUGAGUUAUUUCAGUAUGACAGAUGGCUGUUUAAAACUACAAGUGGAGCAAUUAACACUACCCAGUUACUAAAAUGCUCACCAACACAGUCUUUGAACAUGAAAUCCUUUUCACCAACGUUUUGGCAAUGGCAACAUUGCUUUGUCUUAGACGCCGUAGAUCAAUAUGGUCUCCCAGAUGUAUUUAUAAUAUUAACCCAUAUGAAUGGUCAUUCCUGUUUCCGUCAUGGAUAGAAAGAAUUAGACAGCAAACAGGAAAAGGACCAACUAAGUUAGCAGGUCACAAAACUUCUUACAUUGUCAAUAUAUUAAUCCAAAUUGUCAGAGGCUAUUUAUGCAGAUCAAAUAGCCAAAAAUGGUCGAAUCAUGUUUUUAAUUAUAGUGGUAAUGCUAAAAAAAAAAAUAUUAAGACCUUUUUUUAUCGUUGCAAGUUUCAGGAAAGGGGAACCAUACACCUUCAUUUGCCUGUGUGGUUAAAGGAUUUUAGCAAGAUGCAACAUUGUUUAAUAAGCAGAGAUUUUCCAAAUGACAACCCUGAUUUAUGCUAUCUUAUAAAAAAAUAUAAGCUAUCAGAUAAACCUACCUGCUUCUUUUUUAAAUCUGCAAGAAGCAGAAACAUAUUUUGAAUAUAAAAAUAGCAAUACCAUUUUACUUUGUAAACAUUCAGCUGAGGCAUUUGCUCUUAAUUUAAAAGCUUACAUUUCAACUGUUUUACCAAUGUUAAAAUGUUUGAUGGACUUUCAAAUUACCGAUGGCAGAGGAAUGCUAUUAAAAUAUGUAACAUGUUACGAAGUGGCAAGAUGGCAUAAGCACUGAAGCUUUAUAUGCAUACAAUAUUUCUGGCAGCCAGGCAGCAGUAUGCUAUGUAACGGAAAUUAAACCAGCAGAGCCGGAAAUGUGGCUUAGUCUUUCCUCUAUCAAAUUAUCCUGGUUGUGCAAUUUUAUAAAGAGAUACACAAUACCUUUUCCUGCAUAUAUAGACAAAGAGAACAUUUCUGAAAAAUAUUGAAAUAGGCCAGAGGCAAUGAACAAUCUCUCAUUGUUAUCUUGGCUCUGCCACGUCGAUCAUUCUCCAGCUGUUCCAAAACUGUACAAACAAGGUAGCACACUGGUUGGUUUAAAAACAGUUUCUUUUUUAUAAAGGAAUACAUUUUCUGACACAUUUUAAUGCAUGUUCCCCAUCAUAGUAUUUCAGAUUUGAAACAUCCUAACCAUGAAAAUGUACCAAAUGACUUGCAGGUGGUAUGCAGCAGCUACGCAUCAUCUGCCAGAGUUUUGGCAAAACACCGAAAAUAUUAAUUUCUAUUUACCUAGUAAAGAAGAGUAUAUAACAACCGCUUUGUCAUACAUUAAUACAUUGUCAGACGCCUUUUAUAUGUGGCAAACACGCAUAAUUCCACUAACAUGGUUAAACUUUGAUUUGCAAAAUGAAACUACGACUCUUUUGUUAGAUACAAAUCAGCUGUCUGUUCAAAACCAUGUAUUGAGAUCGGUCAGGCAACACAAGGAACACUUGACGACCUUUGCGCCAAGUGAAUACUUUGACAAUGACGCCGAGUUUGUUUCCGGUUUGGACGCUGAUGACAAAUUUUCGCCAAUGGAUGCUUCUUCUCCUGUCUUUCGUUGUUGUCAUGGUUUUCCGCGAAAUACAUGGAGCAAACCGAUUAUAGUUACUGGUGGUGGUGGCUGUGGUAAGUCAUACACUAUUCGCUCAAUUGUGAAUGAGUAUUUAAAUUUUUGAGUAUUGAACAUUUUGAAAUACGACCUAAUAAUAUUAUAGACAAAUUAUCAAUGAUUCCUGAGACUAUAUUCCAACACAUUUUGAAAACAUUAAAUCUACUUUUAUUUAGACCUGUACUUGUGCUUUGUGGAGAUUGCGCUCAACAACAACCAUUUUCAAAACAUAAUGUAAGAAUCAUGCGACUUCCAGGUCCAUUUACUAAUAAGCAUUUUAUUUCCACAACCUAUCGAUAUAAUUUACUGGGUCAACAUCGCAUUGGUAACGCCCAAUAUCUUAAGUUCUUAAAUUAUGUCAAGAUGAUAUAGUUACAGAUGAAGACAUAUUCCUUACCUGUGUGAUGCGAAAACAUCUUCCCUACCAAUACCCUAACUGUGGUAUCAUCCUUCUUGGGGACUAUAACGACAUAGAAAUAUCUCUCCUGUCAGCAAGACAUAAUUUAAAGCAAGUCGACAAAGCCCCCAAAACAGGUUCAUCAAUCCUCGACCUCAUCACUACUCCUACCACCACUUGGAUCAUCCGACCAUAAUAUCUUACUAUUGGCCCGCUCGUUACAUAAUUCUAGCCAUUGUACUAUAAUAUUCCGUAAAAUUAUUCUGUUAUGCCUAAGAUGGUUUACUGCAGAUGAUAUUACAAUUUUAAGACCAUUCUAUUUAUUUUUGGAAGAACAUGAGCACCACCAGCAUGGUUAUAAAGUCAAGUGUUGUCGUAUAAAAUUAAGACCAUCACCACAGUCUGUAAAUGACAAAAUUAAUAAGUUGACCGACCCAACUCAAAAAACUUGUUAAUCACAUUUUCUUCAAUUACGUGGCAGCGUAAUUCAUGAGAACGAAAGUUUAAAUCUAUUUAAUUUUAAAGAAACAGAAAGAAUUGAAUGUGCCCUUUGGCCAAGUUUGUAUCCACUUACGAAAUGGUGUGAAAGUGCGAUUUCCAAUAACAAUUGCAACCUAGCACGAAAUUGUCAUUCAACAUCAAAUUACAUUUGCAAAAUAAUUGACUAUGGUCUACACUUUGAGUUAUUUCAGUAUGACAGAUGGCUGUUUAAAACUGCAAGUGGAGCAAUUAACACUACCCAGUUACUAAAAUGCUCACCAACACAGUCUUUGAACAUGAAAUCCUUUUCACCAACGUUUUGGCAAUGGCAACAUUGCUUUGUCUUAGACGCCGUAGAUCAAUAUGGUCUCCCAGAUGUAUUUAUAAUAUUAACCCAUAUGAAUGGUCAUUCCUGUUUCCGUCAUGGAUAGAAAGAAUUAGACAGCAAACAGGAAAAGGACCAACUAAGUUAGCAGGUCACAAAACUUCUUACAUUGUCAAUAUAUUAAUCCAAAUUGUCAGAGGCUAUUUAUGCAGAUCAAAUAGCCAAAAAUGGUCGAAUCAUGUUUUUAAUUAUAGUGGUAAUGCUAAAGAAAAAAUAUUAAGACCUUUUUUUAUCGUUGCAAGUUUCAGGAAAGGGGAACCAUACACCUUCAUUUGCCUGUGUGGUUAAAGGAUUUUAGCAAGAUGCAACAUUGUUUAAUAAGCAGAGAUUUUCCAAAUGACAACCCUGAUUUAUGCUAUCUUAUAAAAAAAUAUAAGCUAUCAGAUAAACCUACCUGCUUCUUUUUUAAAUCUGCAAGAAGCAGAAACAUAUUUUGAAUAUAAAAAUAGCACUAGCAUUUUACUUUGUAAACAUUCAGCUGAGGCAUUUGCUCUUAAUUUAAAAGCUUACAUUUCAACUGUUUUACCAAUGUUAAAAUGUUUGAUGGACUUUCAAAUUACCGAUGGCAGAGCAAUGCUAUUAAAAUAUGUAACAUGUUACGAAGUGGCAAGAUGGCAUAAGCACUGAAGUUUUAUAUGCAUACAAUAUUUCUGGCAGCCAGGCAGCAGUAUGCUAUGUAACGGAAAUUAAACCAGCAGAGCCGGAAAUGUGGCUUAGUCUUUCCUCUAUCAAAUUAUCCUGGUUGUGCAAUUUUAUAAAGAGAUACACAAUACCUUUUCCUGCAUAUAUAGACAAAGAGAACAUUUCUGAAAAAUAUUGAAAUAGGCCAGAGGCAAUGAACAAUCUCUCAUUGUUAUCUUGGCUCUGCCAGGUCGAUCAUUCUCCAGCUGUUCCAAAACUGUACAAACAAGGUAGCACACUGGUUGGUUUAAAAACAGUCUCUUUUUUAUAAAGGAAUACAUUUUCCGACACAUUUUAAUGCAUGUUCCCCAUCAAAGUAUUUCAGACUUGAAACAGCCUAACCAUGAAAAUGUACCAAAUGACUUGCAGGUGGUAUGCAGCAGCUAUGCAUCAUCUGCCAGAGUUUUGGGAAAACACCGAAAAUAUUAAUUUGUAUUUACCUAGUAAAGAAGAGUAUAUAACAACCGCUUUGUCAUAUAUUAAUACAUUGUGAGACGCCUUUUAUAUGUGGCAAACAUGCAUAAUUCCACUAACAUGGUCAAACUUUGAUUUGCAAAAUGAAACUACGACUAUUUUGUUAGAUACAAAUCAGCUGUCUGUUCAAAACCAUGUAUUGAGAUCGGCCAGGCAACACAAGGAACACUUGACGACCUUUGCGCCAAGUGAAUACCUUGACAAUGACGCUGAGUUUGUUUCCGGUUUGGACGCUGAUGAUGAAUUUUCGCCAAUGGAUGCUUCUUCUCCUGUCUUUCGUUGUUGUCAUGGUUUUCCGCCAAAUACAUGGAGCAAACCGAUUAUAGUUACUGGUGGUGGUGGCUGUGGUAAGUCAUACACUAUUCGCUCAAUUGUGAAUGAGUGUUUAAAUAUUUGA